AUGGCUUCGAAAGGCGGCGAACUCGACGAAAUUGUCUGGCGAUCGCCAGAACUGGCACAAUCAAUGCAGGGCGUUCAUGACAACUCGAUUCUGUUCUACUUCGCCGGAUCACCAUUCUUUGACCCGACCUCCAAUAAUGCCAUCCUUUACUCGCAAGCGAUGUUCAAUCCAAACAUGUUUCACUUCAUCCAGACUCGCGAAGCAUUCGAAGGAAGAUUGAAAACUAUGUCGGGCUUAGAAUUUAUGGUCGCCCAAGAGCCUGCGGAGAAGGCUCCAAAUACCGGGACUGGAGUGUGGGUGAUUAGGAAACAGACGCGCAGGAAGAGACCGCCUGAGGAGGACGAGGUUACAGUCCACAGCACAUAUUACUUGAUUGGCGAGAAUAUAUACAUGGCACCUUCAGUCGGUGAUAUAAUAGGCAGUCGAAUGACCUCUAUAAUUUCCUACAUGAACAAGUUCAUCUCUACCGCCGCCUCCCUUCCCGACUUCUCCCCCUCCCUCGGGCACACCUACAUGCCACCUUCCUCAAGCCGACUCAGAGCGCCCGAAUCUCAACUCAGCCAGGCCAGCAAAGAAGCGACUCCUCUCCCCGACAGCCUCCCCAAUGCGAAGAAAGCCCCUCAAACGUCAGCCAAUAACACUUACCUCGGCAAUCGACUCCUCGCAGAAACCCUCAAUAUAUCACUCAAGUACGGUGAUGAAUACAUGGAUGAAAAACCUAUUACUGGGCAACCUGGAGACUUUCACCUCAGCACGACUGGUAGGACAGAAAAAGACAAACUUAUGGUACCGUUACCUGGCAAGACCCCGACUUCGAUGGAGACCAAGCCAGGUGCUUCUAUGCCAGACCUGGUGACAGAUAUUCCACCUGCGAGGAAAGGCAGCAAGGGCGACAAGAGUCCCAAGACACCGGGUGGGGGGACU